AUGGUUAAGCAGCAUUCCCAUCAUUUGGAAUUGUUGUGGCUUUUAGAACUACAGGAUCCUUCACCUGAUUUUGAACAACAUGAGCCUCAGUUCCCAUGCACUGUGCUCGUUGGGGGUGGUGUUUCCCUGGUUCAGUUUGAGACGACUUAUACGGAUGGCACCGCACAACUAGGUUUAUGUGGGGACUUUAUGAUUCCGAAUGCUCCAACUUGGAAUAGUUCGCUUGUUCAACAGGUUUUUACGGCUACUGAUGCGGACGCGAUUCUUCAAUGUGUUAUCUGCCCCAUCCAUUCUGAUGUUCUUAUUUGGAGUGGUAAUUCAUCAAGCACAUACUUCAUUCGUAUGUUUGGCUGGCGAGCUGCUCAUGAGGUUGUUCCUGUUGGCUGUCGACUCGCCCACGUUGGUGUUUCUGAAGUAUGUUGUUGCUUAUGCGGAUCUCCGAAUGAAAUCGUCUCCCAUGCUUUGCGUGAUUGCUUGCUGGUCUCUCCAAUUCUCUUCGAAGCUGGUUUCGAUUGUCGGUUGGAAACACGGAAUUUCUCAUCCUUUGGUGCUUGGUUAGAGAACAUGAUGCUCAAUUUGACGGUUCAACGAUUCGUUACACUUUUGGUUUUGCUGUGGAAAAUUUGGCAUCGUCGGAAUUUAUAUUUUUAUGAAAGACGCUUAUUACCUGGUUGGCAGGUAAUCGCUUCGUCCACUGCUCUUCAGUCGGUCUUCUCAGCUGCGAUAGUAGCGUCUUCUACGUUGCCAUCUUCGGUGCAUUCCGGUCUCUCAUGUCAAAGAUGGAAGCAACCACCAGUUGGUACUUUUAAAAGUAAUGUGGAUGGGGCUUGUCCCCGUUUCCCAGCAUCUACAGCUAUUGGCGUUCAUGUCCGGAACAACGCUGGAUCGGUCAUGGCGGGUGAGGCUUUACCAGUGGUGCCGACUCGAUCGACGGGAGUUGUUGAAGCUAUGGAGCUUUCUCGGGGGAUCCGAUUGGCAGUGGAAUUAGAGCUUCCGUCGGUGGUAGUCGAAAGUGAUUCAAUGAGUGUUUUGUAG